AUGGAGACUGAAGCCGUAGUUUUUAUUGUGUUCAUCAUCGUCUGGAUGAUGAUGAUGAUCAUCGUCAUCUUUAGCAACUGUUGUAGAACUAGAACUAGUCCCACGGAAUUACCUCCAGAGACGAUCCACCACCAAACACCACAGCCUCAACAAGACAUUGAAACGGGAACGAGGGAAGUCUUAAUCUUCAAAGAUAUCAAAGACGACGAAGAAGAAGAAAGAGGGUCCGGUAAACGUAUUUGUCCAAUUUGUUUGGAAGAGUACAAGGAUGAUCAUGAGAUUAGGCGUUUGAAAAAGUGUGGGCAUGUUUUUCAUCGUUUUUGUGUAGAUUCUUGGCUUGUACGCGACCGGAGCUGUCCAAGUUGUCGCAGUUCUGUUGAUUUGAUUUGA